AUGCCCGACGUUGCGGUGGGCGUGUACAUGGCAGAGUCGGGGGGCAAGAGCGUGUCGAGGUACGGGCGCGAUCGGCUAAGGUGGAACUGGUAGCAGGGAAGAUCCCCAGGCUAUCUCAGCUGGUGCUGCUACUUUUGGUUCAGGUUGUCGACAGGACAUCGCUCACCGUGUUUUUGUCAAAUACAUUCGGAAAUCAUGCGUCAUAAGGGUCCAUUCUGAAAAGAAGUUGCGGGUUUCAACCCUGGAGUGGCGGAGUGAGUCCCGGUGGCGCGUGGAUACGCCCGCCCCUUGACCUGAGACCAAACGAGUACUGAAAACAAAGGAUAUGCGUUCUCAGAUGAUGACGACGGCGCACAAGCCGUGACCGUGGCACGUAGACUUACUCCCCGUCGAAAUUCGCGAUCCCGAACGACAAGCCACACGUUAGCUCUCUGUACAAGCUCUCACACAGAGUCUAAGUACAGUGUAUGCACAGGGCCUUUGGCACUCUGUGGAUUUGAGGAAAUCCUCUUAUCCAUCCUAAGCCAAUAACGAGGUCCGUCUCGGAACUGUCGGGUUUGCCCAGUCAUCAACCGGGUGAGAGUGAAGCCCAGCUACAGGAACACAGCAGUAUCGACAUGUGACACUUUGCGUGGACGUGUACAGCCUUGUUUCCACAAGAAGACCCUGAAUCGAACAUGAAUGCAAGCGCAAUGUAGUCUGAGAGUGUGAAAACGUUUCGUGUGACGAAAUGCUCGAACCCGCCGUCUCAUUGGAACUCACGCCCAACUUCGCUUGACCUUGUUGCUCACAGUUUCCUGCAAAUGGUAGGUGGGUGAGAAUUGUUGUUGUUGUUUUUGUUGUUUUCCUUCACAUUAAACUCGUGUCAGUUGCUAAUCCCAAAAUCUAGCAAAGACUCGGUCCGUGGUCACAAAAAGGCUAGAGCCAUCAGAAGAUCUAAAGAACACACACAAUAUUAGCAAGAAAAGGGUACGCAAGCCCGAGGAGGUACACCUGCAAUCAAUCCCUGCAGCACGUUUGCAUGCUCACAACUGAAGUACACUCCCA